AUGGCGGUGUUCUCGUUGUCCACCCUGCUUCAAAAUGUCCCACCAGGAACACGCUUCUUGACCGGCGGCCUCUUGGCGUUCACCACACUGCUUUUCCUCUUACGCCUUCGCACCGGCCUCGGGUUUGGUACCAUCAGCGCGGUACAGUUCCCAUGGCUCGUCAUCGUACCCGGCGCCAGCUUCUGGUACCCAUGGACACUCAUCACCUCGAGCUUCUGCGAAUCGUCCGUUCUCGAAUUCCUCGUAUCCAUCGUCUCGCUUCCUUUGGCAGCACGCUACCUCGAACGACAGUGGGGUGCCAUCGAACUCGUCAAAUUCGCCGCAGUCGUUCUCACAGGCAGCAACAUCAUCGCAUGGGGACUGCAACUUCUUCUCUUCGCCGUCUUCCGUAAGGAGCCACUUAUCUGGGGGGUCCAGUACCACGGACUUCAGGCGUUGCAGACCGCCUUCCUAGUUGCUUUCACGCAGCUCAUCCCCGAGCACCAGGUGCAGGUGCUCAGCGGUGCGCUCAAGAUCAGGGUUAAGGACCUCCCCAUGCUCUAUGUCACCGUCAGUAACGUUAUGUGCCUUAUCGGCUACACGUCGCCCUGGAUCCUCAUCCAGUUCGGGUGGCUCAUCUCUUGGGCCUACUUGCGCUUCUUCAAGGUCAACGAAUCCGGCUACAAGGGUGAUCGAAGCGAAGCCUUUGCUUUCGUCAACUGGUUCCCACCCAUUGCACAUCCCGUCGUUCAGUUCAUCUCGACCAAUCUCUUCAACUUGUUCGUCAAGAUCAGAGUGGUCCAACCGUGGACCGGCGGCGACUACGCCGACCUGGAAUCUGCCUCCGUCCAUACUCAGCAACACGGAAGCGCACGGGCAGAGGCGGAACGUAGACGUGCCAUGGCGCUCAAAGCGCUCGACCAGCGUCUUUCUGCCAACAAGGGUUCGGGCUCGCGUUCCAGCAACCUCCAGCGCAGCGAUUCCAUCAAGUCGGCCGCUUCCGCUUCCACAGCAAAGGACUCCUCGGCAGCGGCGGCUGAACAAGGCUCCGUUGCAUCCGGCUCAACGUCAGUGCCCAUUCCAACAGUCGUAUUUGAGGCGCCACCAGAGGAUUUGCCCUCGGAGAAGGAGGCAAAGUAG